AUGUCUACUGAUAGUAGUCAAGUACGUCGGUGUGCGUAUAUUGCUCUCGGAAGCAAUGUAGGCGACAGACUUGACAUGAUUGAGAAGGCAUGUCUGGCUCUUGAUCAGGAUCAAAAUAUCAAAGUCACGCGAACAAGCUCGCUAUAUGAGACCGAACCUAUGUAUGUUGAGGAUCAGGCUCGCUUCUUGAAUGGCGCUUGUGAGGUCGAGACUACCCUCGAGCCAAUGACUUUACUGGACAGACUACAAGCUAUCGAGAACGAGCUUGGACGUGUCAAGCUGAUUGACAAAGGACCUCGAAGCAUUGACCUUGACAUCUUGCUUUACGAGAAUCAAGUGAUUGACACAGAACGCUUGAAAGUUCCACACAUGCUCAUGCUUGAACGAGAGUUCGUGCUUCGUCCUCUUUGCGAUAUCAUCCCAGAGGCUAUCCCUUCCAUUGGCAAAACGCGGGUCCCACUCAGUGAGAGUUUGUGUAAACUGGCAUCUUCUCCUUCAACCCCCAUCUCAACUACAACGAGUAUGGGAGAAGGCACGUUUUCCAUUCGAGCCCUCGAAUCAACACGCCCAACUCAUAUCAUGUCUAUUCUCAACACUACUCCUGACUCAUUCUCGGAUGGUGGUCUCAAUUCACCCACAGACGAAGCAGCUCUUCGAAAAACGAUAUCAUCUCAUAUUCGUACAGGCGCUACGGUUAUUGACAUUGGAGGACAAUCCUCUCGCCCGAACGCCCCGGAUGUGACGGCAGAAGAGGAGAUUCAACGAAUUCUUCCCGCUAUCAAGAUCACAAAGGCCUUGCCAGAAGGCUCUAACAUUUGCAUCAGUGUUGACACGUAUCGAGCUGAAGUAGCCGAGGCGGCUAUCAAGGCGGGAGCACAUAUCAUCAAUGACAUUUCUGGAGGUCUGUUGGACGCAGAUAUGCUUCCUACGGUUGGUCGCCUGGGAUGCACUGUAUGUCUCAUGCACAUGCGUGGCACUCCAGCGACUAUGACCAGUGCAGAAAACUGCUCAUAUCCUGACGGCUUGAUCCCAACAAUAGCUCGAGAGCUUCUGGACCGCGUCCAGGCAGCAGAAGAUGCAGGAAUUCGUCGCUGGCGUAUCAUACUAGAUCCCGGCAUCGGGUUCGCCAAAACAGCCGAGCAAAACCUGGAGAUUCUAAGGGGCAUGAGUGAACUUAGAAACUGGCCUGGCUUGGUGGGUCUACCAUGGCUCUUAGGUAGCAGCAGAAAGGGCUUCAUCGGUAAGAUCACCGGAGUGAAGGAAGCAAAGGAGCGCACAUGGGGUACGGCUGCGACAGUAGCGGCAGCAGUUCAGGGAGGAGCAGACGUGGUGCGUGUACACGACGUAGACGAGAUGGCCAAGGUGGCCAAGAUGUCUGAUGCGAUAUGGAGAGCAUGA